ACUUGGGGGUGACCCCACCUCCACUCCGAGCACCACCAUGGACACUUCAGAGUGGGGGGAGGAGGAGGAGGAAAGCAGGAGUGAGGGUGCUGGGGCAGGAGGAGACACCCCGGAAUCCCUGAAGGCACGCAGCCAGGAGCUCUUCUCGAGCCAAGAGGAAGGUAGCCAGUCGCAGUGGCCGGUACUUGGUGGAGGACAAACAGAAGAGCAGGUUCCCAAUGCAACCUUGAGAUCUCAGCUGUCCGUGUUAUCACCGACUGAGAGACUGCAAAAACUCCGGAAGAGACUGCGAAAAAGCAAAGAAGACAUGCUGCAGGAAGUGAUGCAUCAAUCUCUUACAGAGAAUCAAAAAGCACAGGAGUGGAGGGAGAGCAAAAGCAGGAUCCGCCAGGAAAAUGCAGCACGCCGGCGGCGAAGCACGGAGCACCGGCAGCAAAGCACGGAUCAGCUGAUAAGCAUCAUGGAGCACCAAGCGCACUCUAUCCAGGCGCUCGUAGCCAUGCAGGCGGAGCACUACCGCACUCACCCCCCCUGCGGCCCUUGUCCCAAAACUCUUUCCCUUGUGCCCCCAUGUCACCUCCAACCCACUUUCCCCAACAUCCGGGUUCUUACUGCCACCAGCUGCCUCCAACACCUGUAUCUUCACCAAGCAGUGCUGAGAACUACAACCCUUACCCUCUGCAUUCAACCCCCAUCACCAUGCAGUAUAGCCAUCCUAAAGUCAGCACUCAUUGCACAGCACACCAGACAGGACAUACGCAAAUCUGUGAUUGUACCGUUCCCCACCCCAGCCCCUUGCCCUUUCUGAUUCCCAAGCAGUUGUGUUUCUUUUC